GUGUGGUGGGUGUGCGACUCCAUUUCGUCCUAUCCAUUGCAGGGACAAAUCUAUACAGGAAUGGCACCGUCUGGUGAACGUGAAAGAAACGUUGGUGAAAGAAUAGUCAAAGAUUUAUGUAUCAACUUUUUUGAUGGAAGUGGAAGAAAUAUUGUAUGUGACAAAUUUUUCACUAGCUACAACUUGGCAAAAUCUUUGAUGAUAGACAAUAAUUUAUCUAUAUUGGGUACUUAUAACAAAAGGCGUACAUUCGUGCCAGCAGCAUUUGCCAACCCCAAGGGGCGUGAGGCUGAAUCGUCAAUGUUUGGAUUCUAUAAUCACGUUACGAUGUGCUCGUACGUGCCCAAGAAAAACAAGGCAGUUGUAUUAUUGUCCACUUCUCAUUAUACAACAGAAACGUCCGGUCCUAAGAAGAAGCCAUUGCUUAUAUUGGACUACAACAAAACCAAAGGUGGAGUUGAUAGCAUGGACAUGUGCUUGUCCGAAUAUAGUACCAAGCGGCGCACAAAUAGAUGGCCUUUGGUUUUCUUUUAUAAUAUUGUGGACGUUGCUGCGUUUGCUGCAUACAUAAUAUACGUUGACAACAACACUCAACUGAAGUCAUAUACAAGCCGCCGUAGGAUGUUUCUCCAUCAGCUAAGUGAGCAACUAUGCAAGCCAGAAAUAGAGAGAAGGGCGAAUAACAGCAGAAUAUCCAGAAUUUUUUCAACGCGCAACGCCAUCGAAGCCAUGAUAGGUAGGCCCAUCCGAGAUGUGGAUGCUGGAGCACAUGAAGCGGAGGAGCGUGAUAGUACGGGACGCCUAAAAGUAAAGGGGAAUUGCUACAUCUGCUCCAAAAGACUCCCUACUCGUAAAGCAUGCACAUUAUGCAACAAACCAGUGUGCGCAGAGCAUUCCAAAGACUUGUCGCAAUGCGAUAGAUGUAAUUGAAUUUCAAUAAUUUUAAAU